UUCCGGCUCCUGGGCCUCAGCAUGGCUGCCUUGGGUACUCUGCUGCCGACAGGUGUCCGGAGGCUGCACUGCAGCGUGGUGGCUCGGGCGGGCAGCCAGUGGCGACUCCAGCAGGGCCUGGCUGCCAACCCCUCCGGCUACGGGCCGCUGACGGAGCUCCCAGACUGGUCGUACGCGGAUGGCCGCCCUGCUCCUCCAAUGAAAGGCCAGCUUCGAAGACAAGCCCAAAGGGAAAAGUUUGCGAGACGAGUUGUACUGCUGUCACAGGAAAUGGAUGCUGGAUUACAGGCAUGGCAGCUCAGGCAGCAGGAGAAGUUGCAGGAAGAAGAAAGGAAGCAGAAAAAUGCUCUUAAACCUAAAGGGGCUGCACUGCAGAGCCCUCGAUCAAGUCAAUAAAAAGCAACUCCUGUCUCCUUUCCCCAGCCUCUCUCUGGCUUUCUUUUCUAUCACCUAGAUGCCUCAUCCCAGCCAGAAGAGAGCCGUUAUGUUCCCCAUCUGUCUUCAGAGCAGAAGAGCUUGGACCGCAGGAAGAACAGGCUGUAAGAUCACUGUGCGCAAGGGUUGGCUCCGUGCCCUCAUCCCUGGCUCCAUUCCAGUUCGGUGGAAUCUUGCUCUGGGAUAUUUAGUUCAUCCUUUCCAGGCCACGGGACUGGCCCAACUAGGAGCAGUAGCUGCUCUGCGAACAUGAAACGGGGGCAGCAGUUUUCCCGGUUUUAGCCAGGCAUUCAAGCCUUGAAUAGCCUAUACACAGCUCAGGCCGCGUGCAGUUAUGCAUUUAAUAAAUGUUCUGAUGAAAACGGC